AUGCUGCUCGUAGCUGACAGCCAACCCACCUGUGAGACGAGACGUAUUGGUAAUCAAGGCUUCUCGGCCAAGACCGGAACUGAAAAGAAGGUGCAUCGACUAGCUCCCCGCCCCGCGGUUCCUUAA